AUGGUGCUUCUCAGUUCUCACAGAAGAGAAGCUAUUUAUAGGCCUCCGCGGUCUACUAGACAAUGUCCACCCAAUAAGUUGUGUCUCGAAAAGGGAUUGGGGCCCACCCGAAAACAAAAGAGGACAAGCUCCCCAACGAAGGUGCUGGAGGAGGCGCGGAGGCACGUGCGGCGCGGGGAGGCGCGUGGUUCGGCGCUGGACUCGCUGCACCUGAAGCUCAAGAAGCCCAUAUCCAAGGAGAAGAAGCAGAAGCAGCAGCAGCAGCAGCAGCGCCACCGCCGCAGCCACUGGUGGCGAAGCGCCGGCUCCGCCCUCCUCCUCCUCUGGAAGCGCCCCAAAUCCAACACCGCCGAUCUCGAGGCGGCGGCGGCGGAGGCCGGGGGCUACGACCGCCCGCGGUACCCUCACCAGGGGGCGGUGUCGGGGCCGCUCUACGUUGCCGACGGUUCGUCGGCGGCGGCGGGGGAGGUGGGGUGCCGCGCGAUUCGCCCCACCUCGGGGCCGCUGGCGGCGGCGGAGGUGGGGGCGGCGGGGGCGGGCAUCCCCUACCUCAGCCUCCGCGAUCUCAACCUCCUCGACCGACGCCCCGCCGCCGCCGCCGCUCCCGCUCCGCCGCCCAUGCCCAUCUACCUCGUCACCUGAACCCUCCUUCUAAGCUCCGCUCUUCGCGCACUCCCAAGGAACCCCUACUCAUCGCCUCUCUCGUGUUCUCUUCUUUUUUUUUUUCUUUUUUUUUUCCUGUGAUAUCGUUCUCUUUUCCUUGUGGAAAGAAAGAAAGGGUUACACCUUUCCCCCAUUUUCGCU